UGGAAGAGUUUGGGUUGAAGGUGUGAGAAAAUUGAGUUUGAGGCUUGGAGGAGUAUUGUGUGGAGAGAACUGAGAAGCAUGGUGGUGGUUGGAAGUGCGGUGGCAGCGUUUGCAGUAGCAAAGCCCUCGCCACUAUUCUUGUUAAGAGCACAAAGGGCUUUCAAAUUCAGACCCCUCUCUUCCUCUUCCGUACCUUCUAGAAAGCUCGUCUUGUACUCAAAGCCCGGUUGCUGUUUGUGCGAUGGCCUCAAAGACAAGCUUCAAUCUGCAUUCUUACUGUCCGGUCCCGAUUCCCUUAACGACGUUCACUUGCAGAUAAGGGACAUAACCAGCAAUCCCGAGUGGGAAAGCGCUUACCAAUAUGAGAUACCAGUGUUGGCUAAAGUCCUUUCCGACGGCACCGAGGUGGCUUUACCACGAUUGUCCCCACGUCUAGGAGUGGAGCUCCUCCAGAAAAAGAUAGCUGCUGCUCUGAAACAACAAUAGAGGCGUUUCAGUUCUGUUUGUUUUGUAACCUUACGUUUUAUCAUUCAACAUUUUUUUGUAAAUUUUAUUUGUAGAGUUCCAUUAUCAUUUUUAAAUAUUUUGUGAAGUAUCUGUAGUGUAUUGAAUAAAUUAACUACAUAAAGUUAAAGAAACUUGUACACGUGCA